GAUCUUGACCGAUGACGAGGUGCUGCGCAUGCGCAGUUGAAGGGGCGUAGGAGGUAGCAGCCAUAUUGUGACAUUUUCUUGGUUCAGUAAAUUAUUCGUUCAGUGUAUUUAGAUAUAUCUGAAGCAUCCUGUGAUUAAGUUGGUGAAGAACUGUAUUAUAUAUUUCUUCAUAAUAUAUCAAGCAACUACGAUAGGUUUUUUCGCAAUCUAUUCCGUUUGUAUCGAAGAUAUUGAUUUUUCCACCCAGAGGAGGGUGUAAAUUCCAACUAAAAGAUGGGCACCCGAGAUGACGAAUACGACUAUUUGUUCAAAGUGGUGCUCAUAGGAGAUUCUGGUGUUGGUAAGAGUAAUCUUCUUUCUCGAUUUACAAGAAAUGAAUUCAAUUUAGAGUCAAAGUCUACUAUUGGUGUGGAAUUUGCCACUAGAAGUAUACAGGUUGAUGGGAAAACGAUUAAAGCUCAGAUUUGGGAUACUGCUGGUCAAGAGCGUUACAGAGCUAUUACUUCAGCGUAUUACAGAGGAGCUGUUGGGGCACUUCUAGUUUAUGACAUUGCAAAACAUCUGACUUACGAGAAUGUGGAGAGAUGGCUGAGAGAGUUGCGGGACCAUGCAGAUCAGAAUAUAGUGAUCAUGCUUGUGGGCAAUAAAUCAGAUUUGAGGCAUUUGCGUGCGGUUCCAACUGACGAAGCAAAGGCAUUUGCAGAACGAAAUGGGCUUUCGUUUAUUGAGACAUCAGCAUUAGAUUCCACCAAUGUGGAGACAGCCUUCCAGAAUAUACUUACUGAAAUCUAUCGGAUCGUUUCUCAGAAGCAAAUCCGUGACCCCCCAGAAGGGGACACAAUUCGACCGCAAAAUGUGGAGCCAAUUGAUGUGAAGCCGACGGUGAACACGGACAGUGUCCGCAAGCAGUAAAUCUACCGCAUCGUGUCUCAGAAGCAGAUUCCGGACAGCCCAGACGAAGACACGCCGUCCGGCAACAUGAAACCCAUCCAUGUGGAACCCACAGACGAGAGUAGUGCAGCCAAGAAGGCUUGCUGUACACCUUAAACAGCAAACCAACCUGCAGUAAUUCAAAUAUUUGACAGGACUUGGGGGACUGUUCUGGAAGUGAUAUGUUUAAAGAGAACAGAUUAUCUCUGUGGAAGAUAGUUUGGAAGGAACUGUCAUGUUGCUGUGGAAACAUAAAAGGGGUAGGUUAUUCUUUGUGUUAUUAUAAUAACAUGACAAAUACAUAAGGGAGAAAAUGUGACCGGCCUUCUCUGUUAACUGCUCUACUGAUGGUUUCAUCUGUUGAUGAUUCAACUUGUAGUAUGACACAUUCCUUGCAUCUCUGUUGUUGUUAGGUGAAAGCAUUUGUAAGCAGCAACAAUUAUGCCUACGGAAGGUUUAAUUUAUUUUUAUGCACCCAAAUACUGUUAAAAGUCAUUGGUUAAUUAGUUAUUUCCUUGUAGAAUAAUACAUGAAGACUUCAUUUUUCAAAUAAUGGUUAUUCCAGUGUGUUUAAAUUUGAAUUUCUGGUUGUUCAAUUAGGUAAGUUACUUUGUACAGAGGAUUAUUGAGAUUUUUUGCUGUGUGAUCUUUACUGUAGUUAACACUGCUGAGAUAUAUAUGAUGAAGUGUACCAUGCCAUAAUAUUUUACACUGAACAAUUCUGUUGAUAAGGGGAAUUGUGGAUGUAUAAUAAAUUAGGCACUUAAAAUUGAUGUUUAUAAUGCAAUGAUGUAAGUGAAAGAACGAGUACCAUUUCUUGCAUUGGUAUUUUUUAAGCUUCUGUUUUGAGAUGUGACUUAGAGUACUUGCAGCAUUGUUUUGUAGGUAUUUAAAUUUUGCCUGGUGCUGUGUUUGAAGAAAGCCUUUCACUAUGUUAAAAAGCUCAGUGCACGCAGCCCAGAUAUAGAGCAAUGUUGGGUUUGUAUUUUUGUUAUUGUAUUCGCUUGAAUGAAAGUGAAGUGGAACAAGCAGGACACAACAUUGCUUGUGACAUGAGCUUUAUAUGCUAUCACAUUGUGCUGUGGAUUAUGCCAUGGUUGUCCUUUAUUUUUCUCAAAUGUUACUGCUGAUAUAAAGGACUCCUUAUGUUGUACAUUCAGAUUAUGGUCCUAAUAAAUUCACUUAUUCAGUAUGUGUUGGGUGAUCAAGACUUUGCUAUCAAUCUUUAAAAUAGAGAAAGGUAGAAGUAGCUUAGAUCCAUUUUUCAGUUAGAAAUGGAAUUGAUUUUCUUUAUGUAAUAUAUAUAUUAGAUGAGUUAAAGGUGAAGAGACUGAAUAGUGAAAAAUUUCAAUUUCACUUGUUAGAUCUUAAUAAUCCACUAAUUUAAAUAUUUGAAUGCUUGGGAUUUUGCUUUUAAUACCUACUACAAAUUGCUUGUAGGUGUCACUCAGUUGGAUGAGGUCAAUUACAUUGAUGGGUACUGAUUUUAAAGCCGGAGUUUGAGACUGAGUAUUUCACUGAAUUUCAAAUAAAAGUGUAUAUUGCAAUU